GGCGCGGGCGCGCCGCCGAACGCCAGCGCCAGGGGGCGGGGUGGGGGUGGGGGUGAGUCCUUCGAGAGCCGGGUUGGGCUCGCGUCGCUGUGAUUGGCCUGUUCGGACUCCGCCUUCAGUGCAUGUAAUUAGCAUCUCAUUAGUUGUCCGCUCGGGCUCGGGAGGCAGCCACUGCCGCCAGUCUGAGGCAGGUGCCCGACAUGGCGAGUGCUGUGCUGCCGAGCGGAUCCCAGUGUGCGGCGGCAGCGGCUGUGGCGGCGGCGGCGGCGCCUCCAGGGCUUCGGCUCCGGCUCCUGCUGUUGCUCCUCUCCGCAGCGGCUCUGAUCCCCACAGGUGAUGGACAGAAUUUGUUUACGAAAGACGUGACAGUGAUAGAGGGAGAAGUCGCAACGAUCAGCUGCCAAGUCAAUAAGAGUGACGACUCUGUGAUUCAACUACUGAACCCCAACAGGCAGACCAUUUAUUUCAGGGACUUCAGGCCCCUGAAGGACAGCAGGUUUCAGUUGCUGAAUUUUUCUAGCAGUGAACUCAAGGUGUCGUUGACAAAUGUCUCCAUUUCUGAUGAAGGGAGAUACUUCUGCCAGCUCUACACUGACCCCCCACAGGAAAGUUAUACCACCAUCACCGUCCUGGUCCCACCACGUAACCUGAUGAUCGAUAUCCAGAAAGACACUGCGGUGGAAGGCGAGGAGAUUGAAGUCAACUGCACUGCCAUGGCCAGCAAACCAGCCACAACUAUUAGAUGGUUCAAAGGGAACAAGGAGCUCAAAGGCAAAUCGGAGGUGGAAGAGUGGUCGGACAUGUACACUGUGACCAGUCAGCUGAUGCUAAAGGUGAACAAGGAGGAUGACGGGGUCCCAGUGAUCUGUCAAGUGGAGCACCCUGCGGUCACCGGAAACUUACAGACCCAACGGUAUCUAGAAGUACAGUAUAAGCCUCAAGUGCAUAUUCAGAUGACUUAUCCUCUACAAGGCCUAACCCGGGAAGGGGACGCGCUUGAGUUAACAUGUGAAGCCAUCGGGAAGCCCCAGCCUGUGAUGGUAAAUUGGGUGAGAGUCGAUGAUGAAAUGCCUCAACACGCCGUCCUGUCUGGGCCCAACCUGUUCAUCAAUAACCUAAACAAAACAGAUAAUGGUACAUACCGCUGUGAAGCUUCAAACAUAGUGGGGAAAGCUCAUUCGGAUUAUAUGCUGUAUGUAUACGACACAACGGCGACGACAGAACCAGCAGUUCACGAUUCUCGAGCAGGUGAAGAAGGCUCAAUAAGGGCAGUGGAUCACGCUGUGAUUGGCGGCGUCGUGGCCGUGGUGGUGUUCGCCAUGCUGUGCUUGCUCAUCAUUCUGGGGCGCUAUUUUGCCAGACAUAAAGGUACAUACUUCACUCAUGAAGCCAAAGGAGCCGAUGACGCAGCAGACGCAGACACAGCUAUAAUCAAUGCAGAAGGAGGACAGAACAACUCCGAAGAAAAGAAAGAGUACUUCAUCUAGAUCAGCCUUUUUGUUUCAAUGAGGUGUCCAACUGGCCCUAUUUAGAUGAUAAAGAGACAGUGAUAUUGGAACUUGCGAGAAACUCAUGUGUUUUUUAUGAAUGGGUGGAAAAGUGCGAGACUGGGAAGGCUUGGGAUUUGCUGUGUAAAAAAUGUUCUUUGAAAAGUACA